CGAUAUACCUAUUCGCGGAGACGAAGAUGGUAAGGCCACCGGCGAGAAGAGGGAAAGGGUUCGCCGCCGGUGAUAGCAACGGCUGCUACAAGGGCGUGAGGAUGAGGAAGUGGGGCAAGUGGGUGGCCGAAGUCCGGCAGCCCAACAGCCGAGAGAGGAUCUGGUUGGGAUCGUACGGCACGGCGGAGGAGGCAGCCAGGGCCUACGACGCCGCCGUAUUCUGCCUCCGAGGCCCGGGCGCCGCCCUCAAUUUCCCCAACGACCCGCCGGAUAUUCCGUCGGCGUCGGAGCUUUCGCCGUACGAGAUUCAGGUUGCCGCGUCCCAGCAUGCUCACCGGGUCCCCGCAUGAUAUACCUCCGCCGGCGGUAAGUGGAGUUUCUGAAGAAGUUCAGUAGUGCUUAGAUAGAACAUAUAAAUCUAUAUAUAUAUAUAUAUAUUAUAUCUCUAGGACACAGGCAAUAAUAUGGCAUCGAACAAUUUGUAUUUACAGUUGAUAUUAGAUUUCUUACGGCUACAACUGAGAAUUUUUUUGAGGAUUGAUCGACUCGAUGGCGUGUACUGUAGAAAAGAUGAAUUCUGAAAAUUUUUGUUUUUUCA